AUGACAAAUGUAGUCCACAUUGAUGAAAAAUUGUUUUACAUUACAAGGACACAACAAACAUUUUAUCUAACUCAAGAUGAAAUAGAGCCUCAUAGAGAAAUCCAUUUUAUCCCCAAGAUCAUGUUUAUGUGUGCCGUUGCAAGACCGAUCUUUUCUAUUGAAGGUGAGAUGAUUUUUGAUGGAAAGAUAGGCAUUUUUCCUUUCACACAUGAAGUGGCAGCACAAAGGAAUUCAAAAAACAGAAAGAGAGGAGAGCCAGAGACCAAACCAAUACAAUCAAUCACUAAAGAACACACAAGAGACAUGAUUGUGCACAAGAUACUACCAGCAAUUAGAAUUAAAUGGCCAUCACAUUUAAGCAAAACAAUUUUCAUUCAACAAGACAAUGCUAAACCACACAUUUUAGAUGAUGAUGAGAUGUUUAGAGAGGUGGCUACACUUGAUGGAUUUAACUUCCACUUAGUGCAACAACCUCCUAACUCACCUGAUAUGAAUGUGCUUGACUUAGGGUUCUUCAGGUCAAUACAAUCUUUACAACAUCAAAAAUCACCAUACAACUACUCACAAUUAGUUAAGGCAGUAACUACAGCAUUUGACAAUCUGACACCAAAUGCACUGAAGAAUGUAUGGAUCACAUUGCAAGCAUGUAAAAUUGAAGUCAUUAAGAAACUAGGUGGUAUGGAUUAUGCAAUUCCACACAUGAGCAAAGCAAAACUUGAAAGGGAAGGGAGACUCCCACAUUGUUUGGGGGUACAGCAGGAAACAAUUUACCAGACACUAAGAUAUCUGGAAACAAAGGUGGAUAAAACUACAUUGGAGGGCAUUUUAUUUUACUUGGGGAUCACAGACGAAUCAGUUUUCCAUCAACUUCAUGAGUAUAUUCCAGCAACAACAGAAGCAACAUCACAAGCAACACCAGAAGCAACAACAGAAGCAACAAUAGAAGCAACAGCGUAUAUUCCAGCAAGAACAGAAGCAACAACAGAAGCAACACCAGCAUGA